UGUACAGAGAGCGCGAGCAGCAGCCAGCGAGGCAGAGCGAGCAAUGCGAUAGUCCGGGCUGCAAUGGUGAAAUAAGCCACGACAUUCUUCUCAAGGACAAACUUUUAUUUUUAAUGAUCGCUAUUCUCACGUCGUACCACCCAUUGCGGUUUGUUUUUUUUCUUCCCUUUUUUGUUGUUUGUAUUUUUUUUUUUUUUGGGAGGACGCGCUCUCCUCUUCAAAUUUGAUUCUGAAUCAACACUUUUUUGAAGACCCUUGGAAAUUAUGUUCCGAUCGGCGCUGAUCCAACCGGCAAGAUGAUGAUUUUACCGAGGAGUGGGUUCGGUCGUGGUGCUGAUUCGGUGGUCUUGGCGUUGUUUUGGGUCUUGGGAAGCGUCCUAGCCAAGGAUACUGCCUUUGUGGAAGUUGUGCUUUUUGAGUCUAGCCCAAAUGGUGAUUAUACCACUUACACGACAGGUUUGCAAGGGCGCUUCUCCAGAGCCGGAGCCACUAUCAGCGCAGAGGGCGAUAUCGUGCAAAUGCACCCUUUGGGCCUGUGUAACAAUAACGAUGAAGAGGACUUGUACGAAUACGGCUGGGUUGGAGUGGUCAAACUGGAGCAGCCCGAGUUGGACCCCAGCUGCCUUACUGUACUGGGCAAGGCGAAGAGAGCUGUUCAGAGAGGCGCCACAGCUGUUAUCUUUGAUGUCUCAGAAAAUCCAGAUGCCAUCGACCAACUGAACCAGGUUUCAGAGGACCCUUUAAAGAGGCCGGUGGUCUAUGUCAAAGGAGCUGAUGCGGUUAAACUGAUGAACAUAGUCAAUAAGCAAAAAGUUGCACGAGCCAGAAUUCAACAUCGACCACCAAGGCCCACGGAGUAUUUUGACAUGGGAAUCUUCCUGGCGUUCUUUGUUGUGGUGUCUCUGGUCUGCCUCAUCCUCCUCAUCAAGAUAAAGCUCAAGCAAAGACGCAGCCAGAGCUCCAUGAACCGGAUGGCCAUUCAGGCUCUGGAGAAGAUGGAAACACGCAAGUUCAAGGCUAAGGUCAAGGGUCAACGUGAGGUCAGCUGUGGAGCAUCGGACUCAGUGAGCAGUAGUUCCACAUCAGACUGUGCCAUAUGCCUUGAGAAAUACAUCGAUGGCGAGGAGUUGAGAGUGAUCCCUUGUGCGCACCGAUUCCACAAGAAAUGCGUGGACCCUUGGCUACUUCAGCACCACACUUGUCCACACUGCAGGCACAACAUUAUUGAACAAAAAAAGGGAAACCCAGGCGCUGUUUGUCUUGAUCCGGGAAACCCAGUCCACAGCCGCCAGCAGAGAGUCGUCCUCCCUGUUCAUUAUCCAGGAAGGGUGCACAGAGCUGGGCAAGUGACGGCCUUCCCUACUCGGACCAGCAUGGACCCCCAUGGAAACCCCAUCACUGUUCUAACAGUGGACCAACACCCUGAGCAAGGCAUCUAUCCUCCACAAUCUUCCUUUAUACGGGGUUACCCUGCCCUCCACUUGGAGCACACGCUAAACCCGCACCAUUGCGGCCUGGAGCAUCGCGCUUACCCGCAAACCCAUACUUUCAAACGCCCCAAAUUCCACGGACGCAAUUUUUCUCGUGCUGCCUGCUAUUCCCAAUACGAGACCAUGUACCAGCACUACUAUUUCCAGGGCUUGACCUUUCCGCAACCCGAAGGGCAGCAAGGUAACGGACUCCACAAAGGUCACAGUCGACCCUUCCAGCCAGGACUUUUGUAUCCUACUGUGGUGCACAUGGCACCGGCUUCCUCUUCCCGACUGGGUGACUCCGGAAGCUCCUCGGGACUUAGUUGUUAUCACGGGCAUCGCUCUGUGUGUAGCGGUUACCUUGCGGACUGUCCCGGAAGCGACAGCAGCAGCAGCUCGGGACAGUGCCACUGCUCCUCGAGCGACUCCAUGUUGGAUUGUACGGAAGUCAGCAACCAGGGAGUAUAUGGGAGCUGCUCGACCUUCCGGAGUUCGCUAAGCAGCGAUUACGAUCCCUACGUGUACCGCAGUAAGAGUCCGUGUCGGGGUUCGGCCGGGGAGGCUGGGACGGCGUUUGCUGCCACCUCUCAAACUGAUGAUACUUUGGCCCCGGUAUCAAGUAUGACAGAUUGCCUACAACCUCCGGUUGGAGCGUGUUACGGUUCUGGGGACCAGUUGUCCAACUGCAGCCUGGAGCCCAACUGUAGUAGCCACUCUUUGGUGGAAACCAGGGAACUUACUAGCACUACCUCAGCCGGGCCCCUAGAGGGUGCUGUGGCAGAAAGGAGCCACGGCUCUGUGAAGCCUUGUGGAGAGCAAGGGGUAGCUUGCAACUGCUGUUUCGAGGUACCCAAAUUAAAUUUAGAGUGUAAAGGUAAGGAAGCUGAUGACCGGGGACACUGCAGGUGGGCCGCGGACUCUUCCCCACCGAACUUUUAUAGCGUUAGCACCGAGCAGCUUCCGUCUCCGGAUCACGUUAGCUACGACGGACUGCCAUGCUGCUUCUACACAGAGAUGACUGUACACAGAGGAAGCACUAGUCAUUACGCUGAAGAUUGUUCGGUUAAUGUACAGUACGCCCAGACGGACAGCGACGGCUGCAUGGGACAGGGUUGCUGCGAGUUAGCGCAGCGGAUACCCAUAAUUCCUGAGGAUACAGACUGUGAAUUAGGCUUGGGUCCAGAACCACAAACAAGUUUGCUCCCUCCUAGACUUCCUGUAGAGAGGGAGGAGAGAACUUCUGAGGAGCAUUGUGACUUGUUUUUCACCUCAGGACAAUGUAGAGGUCAAGUUGAAGAAGCAAGAGCACUGUUUCCCUCGUCUGAAGCACAAGGGGGCGGCAAAGCGUCAUUUGAUGGAUCGGGGCUCUGAUAGGAAGCCCUAAACACAGCACAAGCUCUUGAAAAUCAAUAAAUGUUAAACUUUUUGUUUAAAAGUGUACUUAACAGAAAGGGUUGGUGGGGGGGGGGUGUUUCAGCGUUGAUCUUGUUCAUUCCUGUGGCCUUCAGAAUCUGUCACAUCAACUCAAUAUUUAUAGAAGGCGAAAGUACAAAGCUAUAUUUUCCUCAUGCAACACAAACUCAGAAAUGUGAGUCAUACGGAGCAUCAUAAUAAUAUGCUUCUUUCUUGACUGGAUUAGGACCAGGGAAAAUGUCUGUAAAUGUAUAUGACUAACUUUUACGUUUUUAUGACAGUUUAGAUUAUGCCUGAGUUCCAUGUUAUUAGCUACGAUGAUUUGAAUGAUCCUUUUACACAUAUUUCAUUCGGAAUUGCAUGCAUGUGAGCAGUAUGAAGUCAGACAGCAUGUACGUACAUCUCAGUCAACUAAAGGAUUUCAUUUAGAGAAAUAAAAACCAAAAUGGGACACUGCAUCUUGAGGGAGUGCGCAACAGGUGCUGAGGUAACUUCUCUGAAAACGUAGCUAGGAAUAUGUACGCUUCCCUCUUUCUCGUCACUUCUCAGGGCCUUUAUCUUUUUAGUACAGAAACAGACCAAUACAAAAGCUUUUUUUUUUUUUUUUUUAAUAUACUUUAUCAAUGGAGACUACUGAGCUACAUAUAUAUCACACCAAAGUUUAGUUUGUCUCCAGGGUACAGUCAAAACACCACUGGUAGAAUUAGAACCUGACUACUCUAGGGUUAGAAGUUUAGGAUGUCUAGUAUUUGACCCCUAAUAAUAAUUAUUAUUAUUUUAAUUAAAGCUAAGUUUGUCAGAAAGACGCCAAAGUAUAUAAUGGUUUAAAGAGAUUGGAAUGCAGUGGUAUAUAUAUUUAUAUGUGUAUAUAUAUCAAAAACCGCAUAAUUACCUUUAAUAACUACACAUUGCACUCAUGCUUUUACACAUACAUCAUCAUAUCAUCAUGCCUUUCUGUUUUUACAGAGUAUUUUAUACUGUUUCUAUGAAAUGUACCCAUACAGCUUACACAGGCGGUCAUUUUAAAAUAACUUUAUUUAUACAUAGAGUAAAACAGUGCCGUAACAAGAAUCUACUCUUGCCUUGCAUAGAGAAAUGUUCUGCAAAUAUAGCAUUUUUUUUUUUUUUUCUGGGUACUUGAGUCACUAUUUAAUAUUUCGUAUUGUUUGUAGCACUUAAGAUUGUAUAAAAGAAAAUGUGUACAAAAAUUAAUAUUUUUUAAUUUUUUUAAAGAUAUAAUUAUUUUCUCCAUUAUCAUUUUACAAAUGUUAAAGGUUAGAGCUUGAUCUGUGUAUAUUUCUGUAUCUGUAUAGCAGCACAUUUCAUAAAUGGAAAUAUGUUCUCUGAAUAUUUAUUGACUAAUAUAUUUAUCUUUAAGCCAUGUCUUAUGUUCAGAGUGUCUGUGAGGUUGUUUUUUGUUUUUUUUGAGAACUAAUAAGAGACUUUGUAAAUACAUGGUAAUUGCACACAAGACGAUUAAAUAUUCUCUGACCAAAAACUGAUUUAAAAAUUUUAGUACAGUUUUGUAACAGUGUACAAAGAUCUUAAAAAAUAUAUGGUUUUAUUAAAGUAAAAACACACA